UACCGCAAGGUUCCUAAUUACCUUCAAGCUAUUAGUAGGAGAAGCUGAAGGCUUGCAAUUCCUCAGUACCUUAUAUUCUUUGCCCAGUACUAAGCUUUGAGAAAAUCAGUUUAUGGCAAAGUUCUCCUGCUUGCCUGCCUUUUCAAUUGUGAGAAGGAAGAAAUCUAAAGCAUUUUUCAAAGAAGGGGAUGGUACUAAGAAGGGAAGAAGCAAGGGUGACAUUCGGGUUAAGCCCAUUGAUCCUUUCAGUCCUUCCCCUGAGAAUAUCAGCUCUUUAAUCCUCUCAAAACCAUUUCCUUCUGUAGAGAAAGGAACAUGUAUUACUUCUAUGGCACUAACUGAUGACAGCUUUGAAAAAUCUGAGCCUACUGAAGCUGCUGCUUAUGAGGGGGACGAUGAGCUUGGAGAGAUUCGAUCAAUGAAGAGAGAUUACUCUGAUUUAAAUCUCCAACCCAAAGGGGAACUUGCUUCCCAUGGAUCUAGCACUGACUUAAAAAGUUGUGUUUUGGAGAAGACGGAGACAGAUAAAGGCAUUGUUUUUGAAACAAUGUUUGCCCCUGUAAUGGAGCUAACAGCUUCCUCGGAGCCACCAGUGCUUAAGCGCUCAUGUUCGGACUUUGAGACCAUGCAAACUAAGCAAAGGAUCAACUCACCUAAGGGAUUAAGUUCUUACAGCAACCUCCAUUGCAUGUCAGGAAAUGAAAGUCCAGUAUCUGUAAUGGCAUCUUGCAGCGCCGAUCGUGUGGUGCUAAAGAGAAGAUCUUCAAGCCAGAUUCUUCCCUCUCGCAGCAAAAAGAUACAGUGGAAAAUCUUUCUUCGGAGCCAAAAGAAUCUCCAAAAUCCUGGCCAAAAGCUUGAUGAGCAGCAGAAGAAACUAACAGAUCCUGAGACUGAGUGGGCUACAUUCUCUUCGGGGUCUUCUCAUCUGGACAGAGUUAAUGCUUGGGUAAAUAGUCUUCAAGAUUGUUCUUUUAUCCCUGUUAAUGUUGAAGAUGAUGGUGAUGAAAUAGAAGACGAAGAAACUACCUGUCUAAAUCCUAUGGAGAUUUCAGAAUCCUCUGAAAAAACUUGGCCUAAUCGUCCUGCGGCAGCAGAGGUUACACAAGCUAAAAAUAUCAUCCAGUCUUUAAAUACGUUUUCGAUGGUGGCCGACUUCCCUGGCGUUGGACUGAAAUCUAUUCCAUCAAUUUCAGCCUUUGCCUGCCUUCGAUGUGUCAAUUUAUCCGGCAACUGCAUAGUUACCAUAACUCCAGGAUCUCUUCCUAAAACUCUUCAUACUCUCGAUUUGUCUCGAAACAAAAUAUCAACAAUUGAUGGGCUCCGAGACCUCGAGAGAUUGAGGGUCCUCAAUCUAAGCUAUAACCGGAUCGCAAAAAUUAGUCAUGGAUUAUCGAGUAACACUCUGAUCAAAGAGUUAUACCUUGCCGGUAACAAGAUCAGUAAUGUUGAAGGCCUUCACCGGCUCUUAAAACUCACAGUUUUGGAUCUCAGCUUCAACAAGAUAAUAACAGCCAAGGGAUUAGGCCAGCUUGUUGCAAACUACAACUCACUUCUGGCCCUAAACCUCUUGGGCAAUCCAAUACUGUCCAACAUUGGAGAUGAUCAGCUCAGGAAGGCAGUUUUGAACCUUCUGCCCCAUGUUACUUAUCUGAACAAACAACAUAUUAAGCCCGACAAAGUGAGGGAGGUUGUGAGUGACAGAGUAACGAAGGCUGCCCUUGGAGAUGCAGCAGGGAGCUCUAAAAGGAAGUUGACAAAACGAUUGAGCAAGGGGUCGGGAUCAUUACCCAAGAGCAAGGCUGUGGAAACCAUCAAACCUGGCAAAGCCAGGCGCUCUAUGUCUAUAUCUGGGAAAUAAGUCGAGUGAAGCUUCAGAGUGGAUUUUUUGUGCGCAAUUUUCUUCCUAAAGAGUUCUUAUUUUGUUUAGGAAUUGUGUCAUGUUUUAUGUAAUUGUUUGACAGAGUUGAUGAUGUUGGAGUUGGGUUAUAAUUUUGAAUUUGGGCUAUCUGAUUCAUUGUAGAAAUGUUAUUAUUUCUAGAUUGUAGUUUGACCCAGCACUGAUGCAUUCUGAUAUAUUUCUCAUUAGAUUUAUUUAG